GGUUCUUGCGGCGCAUCUUCUUCUUUCUUCGGUAAACCCUAACAACACAGACGCCGGGAGCAGAACUCGAAGAAAGAAGAUGGUGCAGCGUCUCACCUAUCGCAAGCGGCACAGUUAUGCCACAAAGUCCAACCAGCACAGGGUUGUCAAGACCCCUGGUGGGAAGCUCGUUUAUCAGAGCACCAAGAAGAGGGCUAGCGGACCCAAGUGCCCCGUCACUGGCAAGAGGAUUCAGGGGAUUCCACACUUGAGGCCUGCGGAAUACAAGAGGUCAAGGUUACCUAGAAACCGUAGGACUGUAAACCGUGCAUAUGGUGGAGUUUUGUCCGGAAGUGCUGUCAGGGAGAGGAUUAUCCGAGCUUUCUUAGUUGAGGAGCAGAAGAUUGUGAAGAAGGUCUUGAAGAUCCAGAAGGCCAAGGAAAAGCAGGCCUUGAAGGGUUAAAUUUGGACAGCAAAACGAGACACAUCUUUUUGGAGGGCUGUUAGGUUUGAGUGGUUAUAGUAUAUCACAAGUUUUAUUAGAGCUGUUAAUUGUGUUUUUAUUAUUUGGUUUGAUUUGAACUCAUUCUAGAGCAAUUGUUAAUUUCGUCGACAAUGCCAUUCUGAUACAGUUUUGUUUGUCUCAA